AUGGCACACCAUCAUUCCUUUUCGCCGCGGCUGAGUCCCGCUCUUGCUUCUACCUCGUCUCUCCACGAUAUGGCCCGCAACCGAAAACUCCGCCUUCUCGUCGCCGCCACUGGACCCCGCGAUACGUCUUGGGCGCAAGCACUCGUCGUGCGCCUCUCGAAAAAUCCACAGAUUGAAGCGCGAGCGAUUGUCGACGAUGUAGUCCCGCGAUUGACACAAACGAUAAUUGUUAUGCAGAACCGGGGAUUGGCUAUGGGAGCGGGCGAUCGGGCUGACGAUAUCGAAUUCUAUCGGCAACAAGCAUUCGAACUAGUAGAAUGGGCAGAUCUGAUGGUCUGCGUGCCGCUUGAUGCAGACAGCAUCGCAAAGAUGCUAGCAGGCGUUACAGAUACAUUCCUCGGCGAAGUACUUAGAGGAUGGGAUACACAAAAAAGCAUUGUCUUGGUCCCUGGCAUGAGCACUCAUAUGUGGUCAAACCCAAUGACUAAAAAGCACAUGAGUAAAUUGCAUCGGAAAUGGAAUUGGAUCCGUGUGGUGACGCCGAUAUUAUGGCAUUACGAGGGAUCGCCAAACCCGAAACGAGUACCCAACUGGAACGGUUUUAACGAAGUGCUGGGCAUUAUAAAGAACCAGGCCGACUUGCUAGGACUGGGAAGAGAUGUUGAGGUCGCCACCGCAAUGGCAAUAACUGAUAAUGCGGACGUAACAAUCCAAUCCAAGCUACCACCGGAGAUUUGGACCAUCAUCCUUGAUUACGCGGGAGACUGGGAACUUGCGAAGGCUCUAGGGAUGUACACCAACCUACCGAUGCCUUCACCGUGGACAAGUCAGCCCAGAGACCGUAACGAUCCCUUGAAGGUGUACGAGCACGAGCUCGAGUGGACAGUGCUAACAUGCAACUCCGCGGCGAUAUGCAAAAAGAUAUCACAAUCUCCACCAGAAUUCAACGAUAUAUCAGCACUGGUUAUUAAACUAGUGAUCAAAUUUGGUCUUAUUGACGUGUUGGCGUAUAUGGAAGCCAACCGACCUGAUCUUUUUAAAGCAUUUGACGGAACGACAGCGCCUGGUUCAGAGACCGUCAUGUAUAUGACGCAGAAGCUGUCGAUGGUGCCUCCAAGUUUGGGCAUGUUCGCGUUUUUAGAUUGGUGGUGGCGUCGGUCUGGAUUGAUGAUGCGUUAUACAGAGUCUGCGCUGGAGCAAGCUAGCGGAAAUGGGCAUCUCUUGGUUCUUGAGUGGUGGCGCGAUGCAGCAGCACAGGACGACAAGGUCGUUCUACGACCGGGCCGGUCACUGUUAUGGGCAACACAACAUGGACAAGCUGAUGUGUUGCGGUGGUGGGACGCUUCAGGCAUCCCUGCUGCUCAUGGCGACAGCGUCGCCAAGAUGGCAAGCCGCUGGGGCCAAGUGGAGGUCUUGGAAACCUGGAGACGGCUGAAAGGAGAUGACAAGCUCGUGUUUGACGCCGAGGUUCUCGUUUCACCGACCAUAUUCAAGCACUUGGCGGUGCUUGAGUGGUGGCGUAACUUUGCCCAUGGAGAGCUCGAAGGUAUGGAGGGUCGAAAGCAGAUGGUAGAAUUCCGGACGUGCAACAUCGAAGAGGCUCUUGAGGACAGCAUAGGAGAUCAGAGCGCAGUUCGACGAUGGUGGACACAGAAUGGGUUGAACCUAGGACUGCGAGACGAAGAGUGGCUCAAGACACGGUAUCUUUAG